CCGUCAGUCUCGCAUUUUCAUACCAAUAUACAAAACCAUGGCAGAUUACGACAGUGAUUCCUCCGAGCAGGAGUUCACCGAGACCAAUGUGCUCCUCGGUUACGCCAGCAAAGAUGCCGACGAUGACACCAUCAGUCGUCUCGGCGGUCAACCAGACUGGUUGAACCCCGAACAACCAGCCUCGGCAGCCCUCGCGCGCUGUAAAGUGUGCAACGAAAUCAUGGUCCAGCUCCUCCAACUCAACGGCGAGCUCCCCGAAAAGUUCCCCGGCCACGAGCGUCGCCUGUAUGUCUUCGCCUGCCGUAAAGCGAGCUGCAGGCGCAAGCAGGGCAGCAUCCGCGCCGUCAGAGGUGUUAAGGUUUCCAAGGAGGCCCAGGCCGCAGCAGCAAAGAAGGCAGAAGUGAAGCCUCUGAAGAAAGUGGAGGAGAAGGAAGAGCCCAAGAAGGAUAUUAGCUCGGGACUCGGAAACGCGCUCUUUGGCGGCGGGUCCGGUGCGGCAAACCCAUUUGGAGGCAACGCGAACCCUUUCAGCACGGGAGUCUCUUCGAGUAGCAGCCCCUUUGGCACCGCCGCCCCCUCGAACCCGUUCUCGAAGCCAGCCGAGCCUGUAGAGAAGAAGGAGGAGGCAGCAGAUGACCCGGCCGCGUCCCUUCCCAAGACUUUCGCCGAGACCCUGAACCUUAAUAACCCGCAAACAACCUCCGGUCCGCCCCCGCCGCCGGAGCCGUGGCCCGCGGCCGACGCCCUGCCCAAGCCGUACCCGAUUUCCUACCUUGCGGACGCGGAGUUCGAGACGCUCGACCCAGAACCCAUGCCCGUGCCGCAGAACGCGCGGAUGGAGGUGGAUACUGAAGGCGGUAGCGGAGGCGGAGGCGACUUGAAGGACGUCUUUGAGUCAUCCAUGGACGCAGCGUUUCAAAAGUUUGCGGACCGCAUGGAGCAGAACCCGGAACAGUGUAUCCGCUACGAGUUCAACGGUGCGCCGCUGUUGUAUUCCAAGGCCGACGCCGUGGGCGCGAAGCUGGGCGCUGCUGCUGCUGGGGGAAUGACGCGGUGUGGAAACUGUGGUGCUAAGCGGGUGUUUGAGGUGCAGAUGACGCCGCAUGCCAUUACGGAGCUGGAGGCAGAGGAGCUUUCGCUUGAGGGUAUGGAUUGGGGUACCAUUAUUGUUGGUGUCUGCGAGUCGGAUUGUCAGACCAGGGGUGUCGAGGUUGGCGAGGCUGGGUAUCUUGAGGAAUGGUGUGGUGUUCAGUGGGAGGAGCUUUCGAAGCGAUGAGAUGAUGUCUUACACGAUGAUGAUCAAAAAGGGGCGGGUAGGGACAAAGGUUUUGCAGCACAUAAGAUAAUGAGAAAGAAGCGUUUUU